UCGAAGUGAUGCGUUUUAUAAGAAACAAAGUAUUUUAAUGGUUACUCGAUCUGCGUGCAUCAAUGGGAACGAGUGAUUUCUAAACUUGUUAGAGGAAUGGAAGUUUAACUGACAAAAGUUUAGAGCUGUAUGUGAUCCAUCAAUGAUCGAUGGAAGUUUUUCUUGUUUCUCAAGCUGCAGCAUGUCGAAGUCAUCAAACUUUUUCAAGUUACUAACUCCAACCCCGCCAAUCACUAUGGUAAAAGUUAUAUGGUACCUGGCAGAUAUGAGAUGGCAACUUGAACGUCAGCGAUCCUGGGCUGAGUACGAGUUCAUCUAGAGGUACGAUGCCGCGGAAAAAAUCACGGCAGGUGAUCAAGCGACCUUUGAAAUCGAUUCAAGAAAAAUUAAACGCUAUUAUGAGAGUUCAUAAUGGCGAAUCUAAAGCUGCUGUGGCAUGCGACAUCGGUGUACCAGAGUUCACUCUCAGAGGAUGGUGCAAGGCGGAAGACAAAAUAAUGUCGCAAGUCAACAACAAAUCAAAGUCAACAAAUAAAAGCUUCGACAAUAUACUGUCAGGAAUAGAUUUAACAAGUAUACUGUACGCAGUAGCGAUAUCCCUUUGCAAUUCGCAUUUUUCCUCAUCUCUCUUUUACAAAGGUACAAUUAUAUUUUUCUCCCAAUCUUGGGAAUCUGCCUUCUAUCUUUCUUAACAAAGGAUCCUUCUUUUCUCAACAAGGUCAUCGAUAUCGAUGAUAAUCCUUUUCCUGCAUACAUUCAGACCUUCAUCGGGAUCUCAUUAUUUCCCGCUACUUUCAUUCGCUUCAUUUUUCAAUAUCUGUCUUUCCUCUCCCUUUAAUUCUUCACCGUCUGUCUCUGACCGUGACUUUUGCU